AAACUUUCUGACGUCUAUUUGUGUAAUGCGCGUGCUCCGUGACCUGUUUCAGCGUUAGAUGUAGUAGAACUUCACCAACAUUGACACCUUUCACCACUCGAACGCACACCACAGUACCACAGUGUAUCUGCUCGUUACUACCAACAUUAUGCAACUUUGAGCGAUUCCUUCCACCAACGAACCCUCAAUGCCGGCGCAUAUCCAAGUCGAACCGUCUGUAAACACUUACCGCCUCAGUCCUUCAUGAUCGUCGUCGGAACCUUUCACACACUUCAUAUGUUGCUAUGACUGAGCAAGACUUGAGAGACUCUGUAGGCCAUAGUGGCUGCAACAAAACAUGGCAGACGCGCUGGCUCCUGUCGUGACAACAGCGAUAGACUAUGAAGCGGCUCCCGUCGCUGAUCCACCACCCACACACUUUCCAUACCCGACUAGAAAGAGCUCGGAAGGGACUGUCUCUCCGAUCGGGUCGGACUCUACAUUGUACGACGCUCCUAAUGACCAUGCAGACACGAAGGGCUCCAAAGCACUGCGAGAUGGGAUCGCCGCUAGACCCGUGCUGGCCGCCCGAAAGUUCGACACAGAAAUCGCACGCCCAGUGGCACAGAGGUUGCCUCCUCCUACAAGACUGCACGUUUCCACCAUCAACGAGCGAGUUGAUACUGUCCCACGGGAUGCUGUAGGAUCAAGCGAUUCCGAGGGCUGGAGCUCUUCAGACGACGAAUCAUCUGAGCAUUUGCAGAGGCUACAACCGGCUCCACAUGGGCACCAAGACAAUCCCCUGGCAAAAUCCCAUCUCAACCGAGUCCGAACUUCACCAAGACCCUCAAAUCUCCGAGUCGGGAACGAGUUCAUCCAAUCUAGAGGCCGUGUCGCCAAAGACGGCAGACUGAACCUGUCAAUCAAUGAAAAGGCAAAUUCUGGGUACCUGGCGAAAGCCCUGGGUGCUACCAUCAAACGUCAUCUGGGCACCGACCAUUCCCAAGAUGACAAGGAUGCUGAGCAGGCAGCGGCCAAUUUUGUGGAAACGAAGCGUAAUAUGCAGUUUCCAAAAAUGAACAUUGUCAUAAUGGUAAUCGGCAGCCGUGGUGACAUACAGCCGUUCUUGAAGAUCGGCAAGAUUUUGAGGGACAAAUAUCACCAUCGUGUGAGAAUUGCCACGCAUCCCACCUUCAAAAAGUUCAUCGAAGAAGACAUUGGUCUUGAGUUCUUUUCCGUGGGAGGUGAUCCUUCCGAGCUCAUGGCCUUUAUGGUCAAGAAUCCUGGACUUAUUCCAUCUUUGGAAACAGUCAAGGCUGGAGAGAUUGGAAGAAGACGAGAUUCAAUGUACCAAAUGUUCCAGGGCUUUUGGAGGGCCUGCAUCAAUGCGACAGAUGACGAGAUGGACACAGCCAACCUGAAGAUGAUCGGAUCAAAGCCACCGUUUAUUGCGGACGCAAUAAUUGCGAAUCCACCCUCUUUUGCUCACUAUCAUUGUGCUGAGAGACUCUCGAUCCCGCUGCACCUCAUUUUCACAUUUCCUUAUUCGCCUACCCAGGCAUUUCCUCACCCCCUGGCCAACAUCAAGUCUACCAAUGUCGAUCAGAGUUAUGUGAACUUCAUGAGUUAUCCUCUUGUCGACUUGAUGACCUGGCAAGGGCUGGGCGAUCUUGUCAACAGAUUUCGGGUGAAGACGUUGGGUCUGGAACCUGUCUCCACGCUAUGGGCUCCAGGUCAACUUUCUCGUCUUCGAGUACCCGUUACUUACCUAUGGUCGCCAGGCUUGGUUCCGAAACCUGAAGACUGGGGUCCAGAAAUUGACAUUGCCGGGUAUGUCUUCUUGGACCUUGCAUCGUCCUACAAACCACCGGAAGACUUGGCCAAGUUCCUCGAAAAGUCGGACGACGACCGCCCACUCAUAUACAUCGGGUUUGGCUCCAUCUCAGGCAUAGCUGAUCCCACAGCUUUCACCAGGAUGAUCUUCGACGCGGUGGCUAAAGCCAACGUUCGGGCGGUGAUUAGUCGAGGCUGGGGUGGUAUGGGCGACGGGAUGGAGAAAUCUCGCGGGGUGUUCAUGAUUGACAAUGUCCCCCACGAUUGGCUGUUCCCCCAGGUCGACGCCGUUGUCCAUCACGGUGGUGCUGGUACUACCGCGGCAGGACUGAGGUUUGGAAAGCCGACAAUGAUCGUCCCCUUCUUCGGCGAUCAACCAUUCUGGAGUGCUAUGGUGGCAAGGGCUGGCGCUGGCGCAAGGGAAGCCCUUCCACUGAAGAAGCUAGACAGUGUCAAAUUGGCCGAAGGUAUUCGACAAUGCCUGGAGCCUGCUACCAAAGCAAAAGCUCAAGCGAUUGCCAAAAGCAUUGAAUUCGAGGGAGACGGUGCUGAAAAUGCGGUGGAUUCUUUUCACAGAGCGUUGCCCCUGGAUGGUGCUCACUCGAUGCGUUGCAAUAUCUUCCCCAAUCGUGUUGCCGCGUGGAAGGUCAGAAACACUCCUAUCCAACUAUCUGCCCUUGCAGCAGACGCAUUGGUCGAAAAUGGCGAGCUCCUGUGGCAUGAACUUGAGUUGAGCAAAAAUCGUGAAUGGAAUGAUUUUCAAGGACCAGGAGAACCGAUUACUGGGACUGGAGGCGUAGUCGUUCAGGCAUUCCAAGAAGCAUUCCAUGGAGUUGCAGCCAUGCACGAGCAGACCAAAAAAGAUCUCAAACAGUAUGAAAAGCGUAAACGCAAAAAAAAGGGAGGAGGGUCUGCCACGGACGCAGUGAUCCUACCAGGAAAAAUGGUUUACGCGGUACGAGGCGCGUCAGUUGAGCAGCAACGAAAGGAUCACGCCCAGCUCGAAGCGCGCCUCAAACUUCAGGGCCAAGCAGAGCCCGUCAAGGUCCCUUUUUCUUCGUCCAGCUCUGAUGGAUCAAAGCUGAAGCGAGCCACCACAGCAUCAUCUGAACAGGGGCCUUCACCAGCGCUGGUCAUUGCGAAAGAUGUGGGCAAGGGUCUUGGUCAUUCAACGCAGGCGAUUGUCUCCCUGCCAUUGCGAAUGUGGAAUGCGAUGGCCCUUGGAUUCCACAAUGCACCCAGGCUUUACGGCGACAAGACAGUGCGACCUGCCCCUCAGAAACAUAUUGUAGGCUUCCGCACCGGUGUAGCCGCGGCCGGGACCGAAUUUUGGUUCGGAAUAUACGAUGGAGUGACUGGGCUUGUGCGCAUCCCCUGGCUCGAGGUGCAUGACGACGGUAUAUCAGCAUUGCCCAAGGGAGUGGCAAAAGGGGUGGGCGGCGUAGUCCUGAAACCAAUCUCUGGAGUCCUCGGUCUGGGUGCCUACACAUUCAAAGGCGUGCAUCAGGGUAUCCGGCGACGAGUGCUCGACACUGAGAAGACUGACCGAUGGAUUCGUCGGGCUAGAAUAUCUCAAGGACAACGCGAUGCCGCAGCUCUGAAAGGAGACAACAGGACCAUUGGAGAUCGGUCGUAUAAUCCGAGGUCAGAGAUUGUUGACAUGCGCAACCACGCCCAUCGGCAAUGGACGGAGUAUAAGCCCAAGGUGGUUGAAGCCCGCGAAAAGAAGAAACGCACGACUCUAAAGGAUCUGAUGCAUGGUAAGAAGGGCCAUGACUUGAGGCACAAGCAACAAUAAUGAGACAUGCGGGGAUGGGUCGGGCAUUCCCCAGACGAAUCUUCAAAUCGAUCCUCCUACCCUUCGGUUUGUCAUGGAAUUGGGUGUUGGAAUGUACAAUAUGCACCAAUGAGCAGUUGCCGAUAACAAGCGACAGGGGAGCAAGCACACUUUUGGGGACGGCAACGGGAAGCUAUGCAGCGUGACGUUUUUUAACCUGCAAGCCAGGUCGAG